GAGAAAUAUGAACCAAAACCAAAACCAACAAGAAGUUGAUGAUAGACAAGAUAUGUCACUCUUAUCAUCAAUUGACCAAAACUAUGAUUGUGAUUUCAACUUCUGUGUGACUUCUGCAGGUUUUCCUGAUACUGAAAGUUGUCCUGCAGAUGAGCUGUUUUUCAAUGGUGUGAUCAUCCCAACUCAAAUGAAGGAAAAGCUCAAUUCCAUUAAUCAUUGCGUGAGAGAGAAAGAUGAAGAGAUUACUUCUUCAACAACAGCAACAUUAGUCCGGCAAGACAAGACACAAUCAAAGUCUUUUUGGAGGUUCAAAAGAAGUAGCAGUCUCAACUGUGAGAAUUUCAGUAACAAGAGGACUUCUUCAUCAGUUUGGUCAUUGCCACUUCUUUGGAGGAGUAAAUCAACUGGUUUUUCAUCAAAUGAGUUUGUUAAGCUAAAUCAGAAGAAUACUGGCUCGAAUCAUGGUAAGGUAGUAAUGAAUAAUACUAAUCAGAAUUCAAGAAAUUCUUCUUCUUCGCCGUCUUCUUGUCAGAAGCCUCCAUUGAGAAAGAGUGGUUCAGGUGGUGGUGUUAGAAACAGUGCUGCUUUGAAUGUUCCACCUCCUUACAUAACAAAAGGUACAUCAGAUCUUCUGGGAUUUGGUUCGUUGUUUCGCAAUGGAUCGAGAGAGAAGAAGAGCAAGAAAUGAACAGAGUUUUUCUAAGUGUCAUUUCUGGACUUGACUUGUAUAGUAUUAGUAUUUUAUCUUUACUACUAGUAGUAUGUUAACUGCUGUA